UGGGAAAAAAAGCUAAAGUCUCAAAUUUCCACACUUCCUCUUUCGCCCCACAACAUUCCCCUCCUCUUAUCAUUCACACCACUUCUCUGGAUGAAAAACUAAAACAAGCGUAACGUUCACUGGCAAUGGAGGGAACUGAGUCAACCACUAGAGAGAGAACAACAGGAAGGAAUGGGAGUCAGGCGCCAAACCACAUGCUGCUGAUGUCCAGCAAACCUCUGCAUCGCUUCAUCCAAAAAGAGCCCAGAAGUCUUGGGAUUGUCAUUCUGAUCUUUGGCUGUGCAGAGCUUCUGAUGGGAUUUCAGCUGUCCAAAGAAAAUGUGCAGACUUCUUGUGCAAUCUACAUUCCCUUCUGGCAGGGAAUUCUGUUUCUUGUCUGUGGAAACCUGUCUAUCUACACUGAGAUACAUCCAUCCAAGAAGAUGAUGACUGUGUGUUUGGCUAUGUAUGUGGUUUCUCUUUUGGGAAUCGUGGUCUCAAUUAGCUACAGGAUAUACCUCUUCAUCGAAUAUGACUACCUUAAGUACAGGGCAGGACACUAUUCGGAGGAGAUUUGGGCCAUUUACAGAAUGGACCAGCUUUGGGGUAUUGAAGGCCUAUUAUUCACUUCCUCUCUGUGUGUGUCUGUGCUUCUCAUCUUCUUGGUUGCCAUUGCACGUUUGGCUCUGAAAUCCACACACACUCAGGUUAUUGUCCAGCACAUACCAGCACCACUGAGUGACACAACAUCAAACUAAUCUCAACCUUUUCAAGUGUUAUUCUACAAUAACUUCCAGUGGUUUUCCUGCAGCUAACUGACCGUG